AUGGGCGGUAACAAGACGACCGAGUUUAGCCAUCUUCCUCUGGCGACCAACAGACCUAUGGAGUGUGCGUUGACAGGCUCAGAGCUGUUGUCAUGCGCCUACUUGAACAAAGGCAGUGCCUUUACCGAAAAGGAGCGUGAUGAAUUCGGACUGACUGGUCUGCUCCCGUCCAAUGUUCAGAGCCUCGAGGAGCAGUCCAAGAGAGCAUAUUCCCAAUUCCAGUCUAGAUCAGACAACCUCGCAAAGAACACCUUCAUGACUAGUCUGAAGGAGCAGAACGAAGUCCUUUACUACAAACUGCUCCAAGAUCACCUGAAGGAGAUGUUCCCCAUUAUCUACACCCCUACUGAGGGCGAGGCCAUCAGCAACUACUCGUCUCUCUUCCGCCGUCCUGAGGGUGUCUUCCUCAAUGUCAACGAACCCCAAAAGGUUGAGCAAAGCUUGUCGGGAUGGGGUGGGCCUGAGGACAUCGAUCUCAUCGUUGUCAGUGACGGUGAGCAAAUUCUCGGCAUUGGUGACCAGGGUGUUGGAGGUAUUCUGAUCUCCAUUGCAAAACUGGCUAUCUACACACUCUGUGCUGGUAUCCACCCUCACCGCACAAUCCCCGUCGUUCUUGACACUGGUACUAACAACGAGGACUUCCUCAAGGACGACCUGUAUCUCGGCCUCAAGCAGAAGAGAGUCAGAGGAGAAAAGUAUGACAAGCUCGUUGACACCUUCAUCAAGACGGCAAAGGAGAAGUACCCCAACGCAUACAUUCACUUCGAGGACUUCGGUCUGCCCAACGCUCGUCGCAUUCUGGACGAGUACACUCCCAAGAUUGCUUGCUUCAACGACGACGUUCAAGGCACCGGAUGCGUCACCCUGGCUGCAAUUUACGCUGCUCUCAAGGUUGCAAAGCUUGAGAUGAAGGACAUCCGUGUCUUGAUGUAUGGUGCAGGAACCGCUGGCACUGGUAUCGCAGACCAGAUUGCGGAUGCCAUUGCUGUCGAGUCCGACAAGUCCAGAGAGGACGCCUUGAAGCAGAUUUGGUGUGUUGACAAGCCUGGUCUGCUCCUGCAAUCAAUGAAGGACGAUCUUACACCAGCCCAGCACCCCUACGCUCGCAAGGACGAAGAAUGGAAGGGCAAGAAGACCGACAGCUUGCUUGAGAUCGUAAAGGAGGUCAAGCCUCACAUUCUGAUUGGUACCUCUACCAAGCCCAAGUCGUUCACUGAGGACAUUGUCAAGGAGAUGGCCAAGAACACUGACCGCCCUAUCAUUUUCCCUCUGUCAAACCCUACCAAGCUGCACGAAGCAGAUCCGGCAGACCUGUUCAAGUGGACCGAGGGCAAGUGUCUAAUGGCCACUGGAUCACCUUUCGAUCCUGUCGAGUACAAGGGUACCAAGUACGUGGUUGCAGAGUGCAACAACAGCACGACAUUCCCUGGUAUUGGGCUGGGAGCAGUUUUGUCUCGUGCAAAGCUCAUGUCGCCACCCCUGUUGGUUGCAGCAACCAAAGCGCUUGCAGCUCAAGCACCUGCGCUCAAGGACCCCAACGAUGGACUGUUGCCUGACGUGAUCAACGUCCGCGAUAUCAGCGUCAAGAUUGCGGCAGCAGUGAUCAAGAAGGCAAAGGAGGAGAAGUUGACGCAACAAGAAGGCAUUCCAGACAAGGAUGAAGAGUUGGAGAAGUGGAUCAGAGCUCAAAUGUGGGAUGCCGAGUACAGAACUUUGAAGAAGGUCGAGCACCACCAGGCGACGCGUGAAGCCAAGGGCGAGGCUGGCCCCAAAGGAAAGAAGUCGAAGACUCAGAACUAG